CGGAGGCACCCGUUGAUGCCGAGCCCGGCGUCGAUCCUUUAUAACGCGCCACUAUCUUGUACAAAGCUUUGUAGCCGACUGUUCGAAUAUUUUCGGCCCUGCUUCAUUUCGCUCUUCUCGGACUUUCUUCCCCUCUACUGCUCUUUUCUGUGCUACGAAUGCCCUAAAACCCUAGUUACCUCUUCUCCCAAAGCCUUGUUAUGUCAUGGCUUUCCAAAAGGCCGGCGACAACCCGAACAUUCCUUCGCGAUUCGGCGAAAAGACCGCCAUGCAACUGCAGCACGAGACAAGGGCGGAUGAUCUCGAUGUAUUGCCGCUUUCGCAGAGGAAGAGGAUGCUCAUCCAUCCUGAUGUGCUCUCAAAGGGUCUGAACGUGAAGCAACUCAUUCCAAACUUCAGUAAGGAGUGGCCUGGUUUGCCUAGAGGCAUCCAAUUUGAUCCAUCAGAUGAAGACUUGCUUUGGCACUUCGGAAGAGGUGUGGCUAAGCGUCAUCCCUUUAUUAACGAGUUCAUAAUUUCCCUUGAUGAAGAUGAUGGAUUGGACAAUGUUCAUCCUCAAUUUCUACCUGGCGUUAAACAGGAUGGAAGCAAAUCAUACUUUUUCCAUAAAAAAGUUGAUAUGAACAGCGGUAGAAAGUUGAAAAGACAAAAGAAACAUGACAGCUCUUUUGAGAUCUACUGGCAUAGCGAUGGCAAAUUGAACCUAGUAUCUGUAGAUGGUAUUCACCAAGGGUUUAAGGAAGUGUCGACUCUCUAUAUGACCCCAGCGAAUGGUGGGAGCCAUGUAAGAACUCCUUGGGUAAUGCACCAGUAUCACAUUUGCAUAAAUGGAGCUGAGGAAGACAUGGUUGUUUCCAAAAUUUUUUAUGAGAUGAACUCUAAGCCGGACAUUCAAGAUUCACGAACAGAUUCUUUGGAUGGUUUUGUUGCAGAAGUGGUUGCUGUAGCUGCUCCUUUCCAAGCGGCGCCUGAAUCUUUUGAGAGUUUACACGUUGAAUCUGUUUCUGUGGAGGCAUCAAUUCAGGUAGAGGACCGCUGCAUCGGAAGUGAAACAAAUGUUAAACAUGAGGGAUAUUUAAAAUCGGACAGCUUUCAAACAUAUUUUCCCACUGCAAACUCUGAAAUCAAUGUUAAGGAUGAAAAGGACCCUGUGGCGGGGAAAAGAAAUGAUGAUUCUUUGUCUAAUUUCAGUGAUUUUGGAAUCAACAUAAAUAACUCCAAUUAUGAUGAAGUGAUAGAUGAUGAUGCAAAUUUUAAUGAUGCACUUUUGUCUAUGGAAAAGCCAUGUACAGAAAGAGCUCCUGACAAUGUUUGUCAGAAAAAUGUCGUUGAUGAAACAUAUAGAACUAGAUCUGGUGAAAUCGAUAAAACGGGCAUUUGUUCGUUUUCAGGCUAUAAAUCAAGGGAAAAAUUCGAAGAAGAUUCCAAAUGCUUAGAUCAACCACAUGCUUCGCUGAAUAAAAUCUCAAGUGCCGAGCAUGGCAUUGCUAGGGAGGAUACUGUUAAUGAUCUAUUUAUUUUAGGCUUGCCCGCUUACAACUUAAAAGGAAAACCUUCCAAAAAAACUUACCCAGAAAUUGCUUUUGAAAAGAAUUCCAGUAAUUGGGUAAAUAUUUCAUCCCAAUCAGCUUUUCCUAUCAAGAUAGAACCCAAAUCUUUUGAAGAAGAAGCUGAAAUUGGUUUUGCAUCUGCUCUUAUUAGGUCAACUGCCUCAGCUUCAUCAGGUUUGCUUACUAAGGUGAAAACCGAAUCUAUUGAGGGAGCUGAUGCAAGCAAUAUGCUGAGAUUAUUUAGUACUAAGUUAUCUGGUUUGGGUGAACAGCUUUCAGAGACUAAUUGUUUGAUCAAUCAGCAUCCUGAAAAAGAUGAUGACGUUCGUGAUGAUUUCUUGAUAAGCAACAGGAAUUUACAAGUUAGACUGGAUAGUGAAUGUUAUCCGGAAAUUAAUGUUCAUGCUGAAGAGCCAAAAUCCAUUUCUGUUUUAUCGAGUAGUUUGCUCAGUGUUAAAUCUGAGCCUGUGGGGAGCAAACUUCUGACUGAUUUGCAAAUUUAUUCUUGCAACACCAGAGAACAUGUCUCCUUGAUGUUUGAGGAUAAAACAGAGCUUUAUAGUGACUCCGCACCAGACAUUAUAGAUCACGUUCCAUUGAAAUGUAGGUUGGGCCUCUUUGUUUCUGAGGGUGAUGUUAAUGUCAAAAGUUGGAAUUUCUCAGAAGAAGUUGCUCUUGGUUCUGUAAAUACUAAAGAGUUCCUAUCCUCUAGUAGAAGGAAAAGGAGGAGAACUGCAACGAAUUCGGUGGAAAAGGCUAUGGAAGAAGAUGCUCCUGGACUCCUAAAGGCAUUACUUGAUAGAGGCAUACAAGUUGAGGAAAUUAAACUUUAUGGGGAUCUGGAAGAUAUUGAUCCACUUGAAACCUUUUCUUCUGAAGGCAGUUUUGAAGAACUAGAAACUGUGAUGUCUAAGUUAUUUUGGGAGCGUUCCUCUCUUUUGAAGCUUACUUCGGCAAGACCUAUGAAGGGAGAAAAAGCUAUUUAUUGCUUGGCUUGCUUGAUUUCACUUAUUGAACAGACUCGCUAUCUGCGCUUUCGUCAAACUCCUAUUGACUGGGGAUGGUGUAGGGAGCUGCAGUCUUUUAUUUUUGUUUUUCAUGCACACAACAGAAUUGCUUUGGAACGUCCAGAAUAUGGUUAUGCUACCUAUUUCUUUGAGCUUGUGGACUCUUUGCCCAUUGACUGGCAGGUCAAGCGUUUAACGAAGGCAAUGAAGCUCACAAGCAGCAGGACAAUUCUGCUUGAGAACAAACCAUUAAUUGUGGGAGAAGAUCUGUCAGAAGGAGAGGCCCGUGUUAUGGAAGCGUAUGGUUGGACGCGGAAUACUGGGUUUGGAACCAUGCUCAACUACGUUGACAGAGUCGUGCACGACAAGAAAAAUUUGACGUACUGCUCGGAAUGGAGGGCUAAGAUUGGAAAGAUGCUAAUGAACGGCUAUGAUGGUGGCCGCAUGGUGCUGCCCAAUAUCCCUGACAAGGUCGUAGAAUAUUUGGGGAGUCGGAGUUCAGGAAUCAAGAUGGAGCUCUGAACAUUCAACACCCGAUUAUGUAAAUUCACCCAUGCAAUAGAUAGAUUUUUUUUUUUUUUUUUUUUUUUUUUUUUGCGUUUCUAAUAAUGGUGCAUGAAUAUCUUAAUAUUAUUGAAGGUAUCUGGCUGUGCAUUUCC